AUGGUUGAGUUGGCCAUUUGUUCCUCAAACUUCACUGAUCAAUUGGCUCUCCUCUCCUUCAAAUCCUCAAUCAACUUUGAUCCCAAUAAUGUGUUGAGUAACUGGACACAAGAAACCGACUUUUGUGGCUGGGUGGGGGUCCUUUGUAGCCGACGUAGGCAAAGAGUCACGGGUUUGAUCCUUCGCAGCAUGGGUCUCCAAGGCACCAUAUCUUCUCAUGUCGGUAACCUUUCCUUCCUCCGAGUGCUCGAUCUACGCAACAACAGCUUCCAUGGUCAUCUGACCAAUGAAAUUGGCCGUUUGCUUCGCUUAAGAUUACUUGUACUAGCAGAAAAUAACCUUACAGGUACCAUUCCACCUUCCUUCGGCAACGCUACAAGCUUAAAAAUUAUUGCAUUAGCACGAAACUACAUUUGUGGAAGAAUUCCAACUGAAUUAGCACAACUUCCAAAGCUGCAGAUAAUUUCCUUGAGCGACAAUUAUCUCACAGGUCCAAUUCCAUCUGGGUUGUUUAAUAUUUUGUCAUUGUCGUACUUACUCCUUGAUGCUAAUCAACUCAAUGGUCAACUCCAAGCCUUCCCAAAUAAUUCAUUGCAAUUCUUAGAUUUGCGCUUCAAUGAACUAAGUGGCCCCAUCCCACUACUUGUGGCGACAAACUUUUUAAUCUCACACAAUAAAUUCACAGAGAUCCCUUUGGCGCUUUGCAAUGUGAGUUCCAUUAAGAUCCUUGAUUUGUCUCAUAAUAGCUUGAGUGGUGUAAUUCCACAAUGUUUAGGAAACUUCAGCAAUGUACUCAGUGUGUUAGAUCUUAGAAUGAAUGAUUUUCACGGCAGCAUUCCGACCUCAUUUGUAGAGGGAAACAAGUUGAGGAGCAUUGAUUUAAAUGGGAAUCAAUUGGAAGGGAAAGUGCCACGAUCCCUGGCAACAUGUAGACACUUGGAAGUUCUAGACUUCGGGAACAACAAUAUAAAUGACACAUUUCCCUACUGGUUGGAAACUCUUCCGGAGUUGCAAGUCCUUGUCUUUCAAUCCAAUAAAUUUCAUGGUCCCAUGGGCUCUUCCAAAACUCAACUACCCUUUCCUAAACUUCGAAUCUUGGAUCUCUCUCACAAUGAGUUUAGUGGCUUUUUGCCAACAACAUAUUUCAAGCAUUUCAAAGCUAUGACGAUCAUCAAUGAAACUGUGGGACUAAGAUAUAUGGGGGAAUCUUAUUAUCAUGAUUCAGUGACAAUCAUGAUAAAGGGUCUUGAGAUUGAAUUACCAGGAAUUCUAACAAUUUUCACGACAAUUGAUUUAUCACACAACAAAUUUAGUGGAGAGAUUCCAAAUGUCAUUGGAAAGCUUUAUGCACUUCGAUUGCUUAACUUAUCUCACAACAACCUUGUUGGCAAUAUCCCUUCAUCAUUGGGAAAUCUAUGUUCUCUUGAAUCCUUGGACCUCUCUUCAAAUCAACUUUCAGGUAAGAUUCCUAGCCAAUUGACAAGUUUGACAUUCCUCGCAGUCUUAAAUUUUUCAGAAAAUCAUCUUGAGGGUCACAUACCUCGUGGCAACCAAUUUGAAACAUUUGACAAUAGCUCGUACAAUGGGAACUUGGCAUUGUGUGGAUUUCCUCUAUCAAAGGAAUGUGAAGAUAAUAAGACACAACUACAUCCAACACCUAUGUUGCACAAGGAAGAUGAUCCAACUUUUGCAUGUGGAUUUUGUUGGAAAGUGGUACAAAUAGGGUACGGAUGUGGAAUGGUACUGGGUUUGGUAAUGGGAUAUAUUAUGUUCUUAAUUGGAAAACCAAAAUGGUUUGUAAGAAUUGCUGAAGGAGAACAACAGAAGAAAGGGAAAAGGUCACACAAGGGUGGUAAUAGAAACGGUGGAAGAAGAAAGUAG